AUGUUUCGGUUUCAUUGGUAACUUCAUUGGAACCAUUUAAAACUUCGCAAACAGAACAGAAACGGAAAGUAUCAAAAUUUAAAAAAAAAACACUGACAAUAAACACAAGAUGAACAAAUACUUUAACACUGAGAUCCUACACUCGCUGGUGUCCCAGGUGCACGUUGAUAAUCAGGACGUGGUCCAUGAUCGUUUUGCAGCCAUGGAACCGGCGGCUCGCUACGUGCUAUACAUCUCCUCCGAUCCUUGUAAGGAACUUCAUCCGCGGAACGUGAAGAAGAAUCUGCGGAAUCUGUUUGGAAAGGAGGCGACGUCGCAUGGAUGCGUCGUGAGAAUCCGCGAGGAAAAGCUUUCGGUCUCGAAGCUGGAUUCCCCCAAGGUGGCGGAGCCGAAGAGCUUGGAUAAUGUAAACGAGAAGUCCGCAGAUGCGAUCUGCACGAGGCGGGAAUCGAUGGAAGGAGGCUUCGAAGUGGACACAAAAGCCACACCCUCAGCAAGCGUCAUCAAUCUCGAUGAACGCGCCAGGGGCGGCCUCAACAUCACCUUAUUUGAGAUUGAGUCCCAGUCUAACUGGACAGAGAAUAGGCUGGAGAAGUAUACGGAGGGGCAGGUGGAACCGAAGGAGCCAAGCUUCAUGACCAGCCAAAUGUCGAUCCAGGAGACGAGUUCCCAGUCGAGCCAGGAGGAUGAUUUGGACAACUUUCAGCUGACGGAGGAGGCUCUGUUCGAUUACUUAAAGCACCAGUGGAAUCAAUACCACCGACUUGGGGGGGCGCGCUCCUACCUAGACUGGUUGAGGAAUUCCGACUGCGAUAUAAUAAAAUGGCUUUGCCGGAAAUACUUUAUCGGCACCUGCAUGACUACUACUUCCAUUGAGCCGGUGAGGAACCCAACCCAUCCAAGUCACUUGGAGAAAUUCAGAAAUGGCCUGUGCCACUGCCUGCGUGUCGUUGGCCAGUUCUUUUCCGGGGAGGAGGAGCCAGCAGACCACCCGAUCCGCCCCUAUGUGGACCGCGAACACUAUGCACCCCUAGUUUUGGGACCCACCAUCGAUGAGUCCAUGGCAUUCCUAGCAGACCGCGUCAUGAUCGCAAUCAAUUGGGCAAAGCAUAGAGAUGUGCGACCAUCUGCGAUUGCAGAGGAGCCGGAGUAGAUGCUAUCCUUGCAACAGGGACACACCGAUGGCUGUGUGGUAGUGCAGUUUCCGCCGGACACCUCCGAGCUGAAGACGGAAACGGAGCCGUAGCUGAGAAAUAACCCAAACAUUUGCUGUACCGCAAUGUGGCUUCAAUUCCUUGUGCCCAACAUUUUAAGUAAAAUGAGUUUUA